GAAGAAAUUAUUGACUUUUAUAAGUAUAUGUCUCCCAGACCUGAAGAAGAGAGAAUGCGGAUGGAAGUGGUGAACAGGAUAGAAAAUGUUAUAAAAGAGCUCUGGCCUAAUGCAGACGUGCAGAUAUUUGGAAGUUUUAAAACUGGUUUAUAUUUACCUACAAGUGAUAUUGACUUAGUUGUAUUUGGAAAAUGGGAGACGUUACCUCUUUGGACCCUGGAAGAAGCUCUUAGAAAGCACAAUGUUGCAGAUGAAAAUUCAGUGAAGGUUUUAGAUAAAGCAACUGUACCUAUUAUUAAACUGACAGAUUCCUUCACUGAAGUAAAAGUUGAUAUCAGCUUUAAUGUGCAGAAUGGGGUUAAAGCAGCCCAGCUCAUCAAAGAUUUUAUCAAGAAAUAUCCUGUAUUACCUUAUCUAGUUUUAGUCUUGAAACAGUUCCUGUUGCAGAGGGACCUUAAUGAGGUGUUCACAGGUGGAAUUGGUUCUUACAGUCUGUUUUUAAUGGCUGUCAGUUUCCUUCAGCUGCAUCCCAGGGAAGAUGCCUGCAUGCCCAAUGCCAACUAUGGUGUUCUUUUAAUAGAAUUUUUUGAACUAUAUGGACGUCACUUCAAUUAUUUGAAGACUGGAAUCCGAAUAAAGGAUGGUGGUUCUUAUGUUGCCAAAGAUGAAGUACAAAAAAGCAUGCUGGAUGGCUAUAGACCAUCAAUGCUGUAUAUUGAGGAUCCGUUACAGCCAGGUAAUGAUGUUGGGAGGAGUUCAUAUGGUGCCAUGCAAGUGAAACAGGCUUUUGAUUAUGCCUAUGUUGUUUUGAGCCAUGCAGUUUCCCCAAUAGCUAAAUAUUAUCCUAACAACGAAACUGAAAGUAUAUUAGGUAGAAUAAUUAGAGUGACACAAGAAGUUGCGACGUACAGAGACUGGAUAUCAAAGCAGUGGGGAAUGCAAAGUAGGACUGAGUCUUCGUGCAACGGUAACGGAGUAACCUUGAUAGUAGAUACGCAGCAGCUGGACAAAUGCAACAAUAAUCUCUCUGAAGAGAAUGAAGCACUGGGAAAACCUAGAAAUAAAACUUCAGAAACACUUAGUAAACAUUCUUCAAAUUCUUCAUCAGGUCCCUUAUCAUCAUCAUCAUCUACGUUGUCCAGCUCUAGUGAUGUAGAUUCUGAUGGAACACCUUGCAAAACCUCUAAACAAUUGAGUUGUCGUCAGUCUACCACAAACAGAGUGGGGUCACAAGAAGUAUCACUGGAAUCCUCCCAAUCAAGUGGGAAAACACAAAAUAGCCAAACAGCCAGUACAUCCAGCAACACGAACAAAUCGCAGCAUGGAUCCACACGGUUAUUUCGCUCCUCUAACAAAGGCUUCCAAGGUCCAACAAACUCAAGCCAUGGUACCUCAGUCUCAAACAAACAACAUCAAGGCAGCAAGUCACACCAUCAGUAUUUCCAUGGCAAAAAGAGGAAACACAAGAGGGAUGCGACCCUGUCAGACCUUUGUAGAUAGUUGCCUAUUUUAUGACUGUUCUUCUGUGUGCAAUGAUCUCAUGCUACAGGAUAGUUUGAUAGUGACUCCUUGGAUCUCUUCCGGAGCUUCAGACUGUUCAGACAUUGAUUAGCAACUGCAUUUUUUUUCCCAGCUCGCCACGGAACGGAUCAUGAAGAUUGAUCACUGCAAAAAAAAAGAGGAAAAAAAAAAAAAAAAGAAAAAGAAAAAAAAAAGAAAAAAAGGAGAAAAAAGGGAAAAAAAAGAAAAAAAGACAAAAAGAGGACAAAGGCUGCUCAUUUGAUAAGUCAUAUGCUACAACAGGGUCAUUUAGGAUAUAAAAGCUUGAAUGUAAAAUAAAUGUAUCUCCCAUCAGCUCAUGCUGACCUGUAGGGGUAGUACUCAGUGUGUCUAGGGGGUGGUAACAAACAAAUAAAAAUAUAGGAAAAAAACAAAGAAUUGUAUUUUGAGGGAAACCCAGCCUUUAAAGGUGAAAGUAAUUUGUGCAUGAUUUUUUUAUUAUUUUUGCAUAUACUUACCAUUUUAUUGUGUAUAUAUAGAUGACCAUAUAGGAAAACUGACAUUUGUAAUAGUGGAUUUGUUAAUACUUUUUACAUAACAUUACUGUUUAAAUUGUAAACAUAAAUUUUUCUCAGGAUUAGUUUGGAAAAUAAUCUGAAUUGUCAUCUUAACAUCGAUAUAAAGAGACAUUACUAGUUAUAUUGCUCAGAAUUUCUUUUUUGGCAUUUAAAAGAUUUAAUAGAACAUUUGAUCUGCAAAAGUUGUUCCUCUGAAAGAAAAGUUGAUGGUGGCAAAUGAAGCUUUUCAUUUGUAUAAAGUGUACAUGUACUUUGUGUAGACACUGAGCUUGUCAUCUCUGAGAUGUAACCUUCACC